AUGUCCUCGGCCCUGAACAAGCGCCAGCAGGCGCGCAACGAGCGCGCGCUUCAGGACCUGAUCAAGUCUACCGCGGGCAAUGACAGGUGUGCCGACUGCGGAGCUCGGAAUCCAGGAUGGGCAAGUUGGAGUUUGGGCAUCUUUCUCUGCAUGCGCUGCGCAACGCUGCAUCGCAAGCUUGGGACGCACAUUUCCAAGGUCAAAUCGUUGAGCAUGGACAGCUGGAGUAAUGAUCAGGUCGAUAACAUGAGGCGCGUGGGAAAUGUGGCCUCCAACCGGAUAUACAACCCAAACAACAUAAAGCCGAACAUACCAAUUGACGUAGACGAAGUCGAGGGCGCGCUGGAGCGUUUCAUUCGACAGAAGUACGAGCACAAGGCUUUCUCAGGAGAAUCUCGCCCUGGAACCAGGCACAACACAGGCAGUACCAGCUCUGCGGAGGACCGGCCACCACCACUACCGCCGAAGCCUGGCAAGCGCUUUGGAUUCGGACUUAGAGCUUCGUCCGCUACUUUCCCGGUGUCGAAGCCUGACUCGAACAGCCCCCCAUCGUCGCCGGGCGUCGGCGCCGGCCUCAGCGGAUUCGGAGACUCUUCACCACCCAGGGUAAACAAGGCGUCAAGAGUGUUUGGGCACAACGUGCGGAGUGCGUCUGCCGAUAGCUUUGAGACAAAGCUCCAGACGUUGAAGGAUAUGGGCUUUCCGGAUGAGAAACGCAACGUGACGGUGCUUAAGGGGCUCAAUGGGAACUUGGAGAAAUCCGUGGAGACUCUGAUCAGGUUGGGAGAGGGCAGCAGGAGUAUUUCCGGAGCACACACCCCUGUUUCCGCCCAUAGCGAAAGUGCAAACGGGCUCUCCAUGAGCCGAACCAGACCUUCCGCGCCUCCUCCAACUGCUCCGGCAGGGAUUCAGUCAACGAAUCCUUUCGACCGGUUGGACGCUCCUCAGCCAACGAUCCACCAGCAAUUCCAACCCUUGCAGACCCAGCCAACCGGCGCAUCGUUCAAUCCUUUCCUUCCUUCGUCUCAACUGUCCCAAGCUCCUGCAACGGCACACCCGGCUUUGGACCAGUCUUUCCAGAACCUCCAGCUUUCUCAACCACAGCAGCCGCAACAGCUCUUUCCAAACCACACGGGAGGUCACGGUACGCAAAAUCAGCAACAGGGAUACAAUCCGUUCUUGCAAACAUUUACCCCUCCGCCGGUGCCCCAAAUACCACCUCAAUUCACCGGUGCUCAACAGGGCCUGGCUUCUUAUGGUCAACAAGGAGGGUUUCAGUCCUCUCAGGGAGGCAAUCCGUUCUUAAAGACCUCACGUUCCCAAAUCUUCACCAGCAGCAAUCCUUUUAAUUCUCAGGUAUCAUCUCUCUCGGCCUUCGCUCAGCCGUUACAACAGCAGCAGCACCAGCAACAGCAACAGCACCAGCAACAGCACCAGCACCAGCAGCACCAGCAACAGCAACAGCAGCAACAGCAACAGCACCAGCAACAGCAGCAGCACCAGCAGCACCAGCACCAGCAACAGCAGCACCAGCAACAGCAGCACCAGCAACAGCAGCACCAGCAAUGGCAGGCUGCCACCAAUGUGCAGGGGUCUUUCCAUCCACAGCCGGCGCAACAAACAGCGCAAUUUGGGUAUGGGCAGCAACAAGCCCCGAACACAGGGUAUCAGCAACCGCAGGACCGAUUUCAGGCACAAAACGCAUACCAGCAAUUCCAGCAACAGCCAAAUCAUUUUGCCAACCCUUACCAACCGCAACCGCAGCUUCCAGUCCGUCAAGACAAAAGUUCGAUAUUAGCCCUGUACAGCCAACCUCAGAUGGCCCCCGCGCCACUUCCUGGAACCACGGCGUUUGGUACGGCCGAAGGCGCGCCAGUCAACGGACAAAGUGCGGCCGCGCCCGGCACGUCGAACACAGCCGGAGACAUGGCAGGCCAGACAGGCAGCACAAAUCCGUUCUCGAACGCACCUGGUCAGCCAGCGGCAAGCGCCAACGGAGGGGGGGCACGCCAUGUCAGCCAAGAGAGUGUUGAUUUUUCCGGUAUGAUGGGGGGAAGGCAAAGUCCAGACGCAUUUGCAGGGUUAAGCGCCCGUUUUGGGCGAUGA